GUCAGUCGCGCCCCCUCAUCAUUUAUUCGACAACAAUUUCCCCGUGUGUCAGAUGGUACUUUGCUUCACUUCUGUCCUUUUUGAUAUUCAACUCCAUCACUCAUUAGUUACCCAUCCUUCGACAGCAUCCUUACGACGCUAAGGGUCAAGGGCCAUCGAUACAAUGAGCUAUCUAGAGCGAUUAUGUUCACACAAGAUAUCUCACUCUGAAGUCUACAUUGUAGGGGCUGUACUCCGCAUGGCCCUCUUUUCCUUGCCCGAAGUUGUGAUAGCUUUGCAACGAAGGCCGGAGCUAUCGACGCCCCUAACUUCUUUUCGAAGCAUCCAGGAAGGCGUCUUCAUAUAUGAGCACGGCACAAGUCCUUACUCAGGGGGUACUUUCUACCAUUCUCCAAUAUAUUUAGUCCUGUUCAGUCAUGUUAUUCCUAUAUCGUCAAUCUGUUUAACUGCGGCAUUCUGGACACUUGCGGAUCUCUGGGGCGCAUGGUCUCUGGUAAAAAUCUCCCAAGCCAGAAACCAAAAGCGAUGUGCUAGAGAUGCUUUGGUAGCUGCUGUAUACUUGCUCAACCCCUACUCAUUACUCACCUGUAUUGCACGAUCAACUACAACCUUGGAUAACGCAGUGUUAUUAGGUGCUCUCUCCGCUGCAGCCGCAGGGAAAACAACUUUUUCGCUGAUAUCGUUAGCUGUGGCAGUGCAUACGUCCUUCUAUCCUAUAAUCUUACUGCCCCCGAUUGUAAUUCUUCUGGGGAAAAUCAAUACCGAACAACCAAAGAAAUCAUUGGUUCUACAAUCCUUAUUGCUCUUUGCUGCCUUGACGAUCGCUAUUGGCGUUUUCAAUUUUGUAAUCCUGGGGGACAACUGGAUUUGGAAAUCAUUGGGUACCAGCCUUGAGGUAACCAAUCUUACCCCAAAUGUUGGUAUGUGGUGGUAUUUCUUCACAGAAAUGUUCGAUCAUUUCCGAACGUUUUUCCUUGGCGUUUUUCAGCUGCAUACAGUUAUUUACAUCGCACCGAUAUGCAUCCGAAUGGUCGAUAGGCCUUUGGAUGCUAUAUUAUUGCUCCUAGCAAUUUUUGUCACAUGGAAGAGCUUUCCUGCUCUGGGAGAUAUGGGUCUUUGUGCUGGACUAAUUGGAUGCUUCCCUGAUAUACUUGCCAAUUUACGCCAUCCUCUGUUCUCCCUCACCGUCCAUCUAUACACGUCUAUUCUUCUUCCUUUGUUACAUUCUCUUUGGCUACUCACCGGCACAGGCAAUGCGAAUUUCUUCUACGCUGCCACCAUGGUGUAUGGUCUGAACGCGAGUUUGAUCAUCGUCGACAUGUUAGGUGCUAGUAUGAGGGUCGAAGUCAAAAAACGAGUUGCUCUGGAAGGAGCCGAUGACCAAUCGGGAACGCAAGAUAAGAAAGAAUGUACGGACGACGUCUGUGAGAAUUGGGAGGCUAGGAAAUGGCACGUAGUGCAGUUCACGAAAUGAAAUAUUCAACUCAGCCCUCAGUCUCAGUUGCAUCGUUCAUUCGCUGAAUUGUAGCAACAACUUUGCGCCCCUGUCCUUGCCCACCCCAUCCUGCGCCAUUAUGCCUGAAUUCCGCAAGGUAAAUACCUUGCCACGUACCCAAAACCAGCUUUCCUUUCGAGAUGGGGACAGUGAUAGAAUUUCCAAUCAAUGAUGUCUUCAAAUGGGAUACAGAAUCACUGAGUAGAAUGACGUAGGUAAGCUUCGCUCACUCCAGUAAGAAAGUUAAGAGUCAAGACGUACUCUGGUCCCUCAUCUGUAUGUUCCCACGGUAAAGAUUCGGGCACGAUAGUGUCAAGAGCCAUAUCCAUGUCUGUUAAUUAUUGUCAGAUUGAAAGGAGUCCUGCUACAGUUGAGUUUGGAUACACGCAAACUCACCUGUCCGAACCGUUCUGUGGGUCAUUGUAAUAAUUGUAAAU